AUGGAACUGCAAAGGUGUGAGACACAUGUUUCCUUUAUGGAGACGCAUGACAUGGACUUGUCUUCUGGUAAAGAGAAUGAUCUGGGUUUCACUAUGGUUACGGGCAUUGGAAACAAACAGCAGGACCACACAUAUUCGUCUAAAGAAUGCAAGAGCUCUGCUGGCCAACGGACGCAAGAUAAUCUUAAUAACCUUCAGCGUGAAGUUAUUCUCAAUGGCUUUAAUAAUGACCUCCAGGUCCCAGAAGACAGCCAAAGGAUAAAUACAAGAACACCAAUCUACAAAACACAGCCUGAACGAGAGAUAGUGAAUGAUUUUGUCGAUGAGGAUGACUUCCUAAGAGCGGCAUUAGAAAACAAAUUGUGGAUGAUCAAGAGUUACCUUGCCAGGGGCGCAGACCCAAAUGCUUGUGAUAAUUUCAACCGUACGGCUCUACAUAGAGCUUGCUCUCAGGGCAAUGUCGAGAUAGUGAAAACGCUUCUGGAGGCGGGCGCUUCAAUAGAAAAUGUAGACAAGCUUCAAGCAACGGAAGUUCACUGGGCUUGUCGUGGUGGCAGCUUGCCUGUGCUUGAGGUGCUACUUAACCACGGGGCAAAGCUGGAGUCAAGAGACAAGCUUCACAGCACGCCCCUUCACGUGGCGGUGAGAACCGGAAACUACGAGUGUGCCGAACAUCUCAUACACUGUGGCGCAGACAUCAAUGCCAAAGACAGGGAGGGUGACACACCAUUGCAUGAUGCAGUCAGGCUGAAUCGCUUUAAAUUCAUACAGCUCCUCCUGUUGCAUGGGGCCGACAUAAAACACAAGAACUGUGAGGGAAAGACACCUAUGGACAUUGUUUACGAGUGGCAGAAUGGAGCUAAAAACCUCUUUAACAACUUGAAGAAUAGUACAAAUUGAAACGUUUGCAACAAUUGUAAACUACAUCUAUUGAUGAGAAAGGAUUUGCCUAAAUACGUGCAUUUUUAUAUUGUCUGCAUAUUUGAAUGAUACCUCAGAAAGGUGCAUUAUAGCACUGUGCAUGGUUUUACAUGUUUAUAAGAGAAAAGGUUUAUUGAAAGUGUGAUAAUACAAAGCAUGGUAAAGUCGCUUUUUAUUAAAUCAUAGAUAAGACGGAGAAUUCUAAUGGGAGAUUGUGCUUUCUCUUUUCACGAUGAUAAUGAUUCCCAUUUCUGGGAUUAGAUUUUUCUUUAAAGGGACACCCCACUUUUUUUGAAAAUAUGCUCCAUAU